GGGGGUGAAAAUAGAAUGGUAUCAUCCAUCAGCUGUGGGUCUGUCCAUAUUUUUGAUCUUUUGACGUAACGAAGCUGGAUUACCGUAACGCCGCGUGCGUGGCGCAGCAGGAACCGGGAUGAUGGCGGAGAACGGGAAGGAUGAGGCGGCAGCGUCAGACGGAGAGUCCGCGGACGGAAGCGCCAGCUUGACGGUGGAGCGGCGGGACUCGAACCUGCUGCGCAGGAUGGAGAUCUGCGUGGCCGAGGCCGAGAAGAGGAGCGGGAAGAACGCCAUCAGCAUGCAGGAGACGUUCACGGUGUACCUGAUCGAGACCAGGCCCGCGGAUGCCGCUGCUGAGGGCCGCGUGCAGCCUCCCGAGUCCGUGUGGAGGAGAUACAGCGAGUUCGAGCUCCUCAGGGCGUACCUGAUCCUGACCUACCCGUUCUACGUGGUUCCUCCUCUGCCUGAGAAGAGGGCAGAGUUUGUGUGGCACAAACUGUCAGCAGACAACAUGGACCCGGAUUUUGUGGAGCGGCGCCGGAUUGGGCUGGAGAACUUCCUGCUGCACGUGGCGUCUCAUCCAGGACUCUCCAAUGACAAGAUCCUUUCUCACUUCCUCACUGAGGAAAACUGCUGGAAAGAAGCUGUGUAUGAAACAGGAUUUCAGGAUAAGGCAGACUCUAGAAUGCGAGCUUUUGGCGCCACCUUCAGGGUCAGAAGUCCACAGAAGUGCUUCAUAGACAUGAAGCAGUACAGCGAGGAGCUGCAGUGUCACACGUCUCAGCUGCUCCGAGCGCGAGCCAGGGUUGCAGACAGAGUCUACGCGGUCUACAAAGUCCAUGGGAACUACGGCAGAGUCUUCAGUGAGUGGAGCGGCGUGGAGAAGGUGAUGGGAGAUGGACUGCAGAGCGCCGGCCAUCACAUGGACUCAUAUGCCGCGUCCAUAGAGGAGAUCCUGGAGGAGGAGGAGCAUUACGCAGACCAGCUGAAGGAGUAUUUGUGCUACGCUGAAGCCCUGAGGGCGGUGUGCAGGAAACAUGAGCUAACCCAGUUCGAGCUGGAGACGGCCUCCCAGGACCUCAUCUCUAAGAAGCAGCAGCGGGACGAGCUGGCCACAGGGAUGGUGCGCACGUUCUCCUUCAAAGGUGUGACGAACAAGCUGUUUGGACAGGAGGCCCCGGAGCAGCGGGAGGCGCGCCUGAGCAUGCUGGAUGAGCUGAUCGCAGAUGCAGAGGACAGCGUGAGGGCCAAAGCAGCUGAGUGCGAGGAGCAUGUGCAGAAGGCGUGGGCCGACAUUCUGCGCUUUAAAGAGGAGAAGGACAAAGAUCUGCGAGAGGCUCUCCUCAACUACGCUGCAAUCCAGAUCAACAUGUGCAAGAAGGGAAUCCAAGUUUGGAGCAACACCAGGGAGAGCUUCCAGAAGAUGUGAGGAACUCCAGCCUCAGAUGUUUUCUAAUCUUCUUAGAAACAGCCAAACCCAGGAUCUGAAUUAAAGCAUGUUGACUCUUCAUGUACCCUGCUGUUAGCAGACGAGUCAGGACUGAGAAGUCCCAUCAUCCCUUCUUCUGGAGGGUUGGUGGGUAUCUCUUUCCAGCACCAGUGGAGAUGUUUUUGGUCCAGAAUGCCAUAGAAAAUGAAAGCAGUUCAGGGUGCGUUUGUGGACAUCAGGAAAUGUUGCUGAUUGACAUUGUGGCCUUCAGCUUUGUUCCUUCAGAGAAUUGCUGAGGUUGCAGCUGGUGCAGGAGCUCCUGUCACCAAUGCUUCCGGUUGGAAGCAUUUUAUGCAGCGGCUGAAGCUUCUAAGAACUGGUCACAUCGUUAACCUGCUAACCUGGUUAGCUGCAAGAUGUUCCUUGAAGGACUUCGCUUGUUUCCAACAAAAUGGAAAGUCUUGGAAGAGGGGGGGGGGGUAAAGAUGAGUAGGUUUUUCUCUGUAGGGGGUGAUGGGUUUCUGCAAGCUGAAUUUAUACUUUGAGGCUGUGUCUCCCCCCUCCAACCCCCGCCCCUGUCCCUGUCCCAGGACAGAGCAAGUGGUGCCAGUCAGCUGAACUUUCACAAACUGUUUUUUUUUAAACUAGAGAAGUGACAUUAUCAAUUCUCCUAAAAAGGGCGAGUGGGUUUGGUCUCAAGCUGUGACAGUUGUGCCCCCCGCCUCCACCCUCAGGUUGUAGUUCAGUGGACUUCUGGUGUUUAUUUAUUCUCCUGUAAAUGAAAUGACUGAUUCCUGGAACAGAACAACAACAAAAUGACACAAACAUGCAGAAAACUGAAUGUUUGUUUGCGCUCAUGUUUCAGCUUCUUAAAAUCUCUCACCUGCAGAAAAAUGUUCCACAUUUACAGUCUUCUUUUUGUUUUUCAGCAGCCUGCUUUAUUUAAAUCUGCUACGGCUACUUCUUGACAUAUUUUCUCUAUUAAUCUCAAUCCUUCAUUUAAACAGCAGUGUUUGCCUGGAUGUCCGUUUUCAUCUGCAUAUUUUACUUUUUCUUUGUGAGAUAAUUAUUGAAAAUUUUUCUUUUUGCUGUAUAAUAACGUUGUUAUUGAAAAACAUUAAGAAGUUUACAAUGAACAUGGAAGUCCUUGAAAAAAUUCCUCCUUCCAGGCACCCGUCUCUAGUGGUCUUUUGGAGAACUGCGCCCUCUGAACAGAAGGUGGGUCUUGAUUAAAAAACACAAAAAUUAUAUCAAGUAAAUUAACUGCGACUGCCAUCAUUAUAAAUGCAACAAAUUUUAAUGUCAAAUCAAAAUGUUUGUCUAUGUCUUGUUUAAGACACUCCCUCAAAUUAUGUUUUGAGAAAAACCAAGCAAAACUUUAUUUUUUCAAGUUAACAGAAAUGAAUUUGAAUCUCCCUAUUUCUCCAAGAGCUAAAGAUAGAUAUUUAAAAAUCCCGAAUUGCAUUUAUCUCCUACAAGGAAUUACUUCAGCUGUGAUUAAUAUUGGUGGCAGCAAAACACACCAUAAUCCAAAAAAUAAAUAAACUGAAAAAGCUGUUCUGCUAACAACUAUAUUGACAAAAAUAAUUCAAAUAGUUAAAGUUAACAAUCCAAGGACGAUCACAUCUCAACUGGAGUCAUGUUACAGUGUGAACAAUAAUAUAGAACAAAAAGUGAUCAACUUUGCCUCAAAAGAAUCCUUUGUAAAUCAAAGCAUAUGACCCAAAAAUACAAAAACAAACAAUUUUUAUUAAUUUUGUAUUAUGAGAUAAUUAAUUCAUUAUACCUAUAAAAUCAAUAAAGCUAAUGAAAAGAGCGGAAGUUGAAGAGCAUGAUAAAAGACCAACCCUUUCAAUGCCUAAAUAAAAUGUCAUUUUUAUGCAUAAAUCCCACUUCUAUGUUAAAUUAGAUACGUUAUGUAUAUAUGUUUUACCUAUUCAAUCUGACAGUACACACGAGUACGGAGCCCUUAAGGAGAUGUCGAAGAAGGGCGAAAAAGAAAAUCAAAAGUAAUAAAAAACCUAAAUGAUGCGCACCA